AUGGCACCCCUCGCGCGCGCCGUCUCAAAUCACCACCACCAGCACCAACACCACCACACAAACGGUACCCCGAUCCCCACGAACGGCGCUCCUCCAGACCAAAAUGUAGACGACACCACCUCCGGCCACCCGCCGCCCUACAACCCGGACCUCGUCUCCUCCUCCCUCCUCGAACCCCGCAUCGCCGUCGUCCUCAAUGUUCCUAAGCCAUGGCGGCCAUGGCUCUUCGCCUGCCGCCUCCUCUCCAUCGGUCCGGCCAUCUUUUGGGCCCUGCAGCCCGCCCUGACUCUCCUCGUUCAGAUAAUCCCCGUCGCCGUCCCGGGGGGCAAGAAGGCUGUUGAUGCUGCCGCUGCGGCGGCCUCUGGAGUCGGGGUCGGCGGCGUCGUCGGUGGCGGGCUCAUCAACUACACCCCGCAAGCGACAAUCAUCCGCCUCCUAACAAUCAACUCUACAAACGCCUUCCUCACCGAACGAAUCCUCACAUUUUCAGGCGGCUUCGAGGACCCAAGACUCCUACUCCCCGGCUGGGUCACCAUAGCUACGACCCUUACGAUAGCAUACCACAUCACCCAACGAAGCAUAAACAUCCAAAAGGAAACCUCCACCUCGAUCAACAUCUUUUCCAUCGCUAGUUUCAUCAGCAUGAUCUCCCUUCUCGCGCAUCUCCACUACAACGGCUCAGACUAUCCCGAGAAGCCGUUCGAAUCCCUGGCCAGAUUCAUCCUGCAGCAGUUUGAGCGUGUCACCGGCGAGGCCAUCUUGCCUUCCUAUUCGCCUUCGCACAGCGAACUCUAG